GGUCCUGUCAGUUGUAGGCGCAGUUUCAAGCAGCCUGCAAAACACAAUUCGAUUGUUUAUUUUAUGUUUGUUUACAUCCAAGCCGAUAAAUGGCUUCCACUUUAAUUUCUCCAAUGGUGGAUUAUUACAACGACGAAGAGGAACUCGACAGCGUGGAUGACGACGAUGACCGAAGUUUCAGGGGAAGAGACUCAGAAGAAGACACUGAAGAUGCCAGUGAGACAGAUCUUGCCAAACAUGACGAGGAGGACUUUGUGGAAAUCAAGGAACAAAUGUACCAAGAUAAACUGGCCUCAUUGAAAAGACAGCUGCAGCAGCUACAAGAAGGUACUCUGCAGGAGUAUCAGAAGAGGAUGAAGAAGCUGGACCAGCAGUACAAAGAAAGACUUCGAAAUGCAGAUUUGUUUCUUCAGCUUGAGACAGAACAGGUGGAGAGAAACUACAUUAAAGAGAAGAAAGCAGCGGUGAAGGAGUUUGAUGAUAAAAAGGUGGAACUGAAGGAAAACCUAAUCGCUGAGCUGGAGGAAAAGAAAAAAAUGAUUGAGAAUGAGAAGUUAACAAUGGAGCUAACGGGUGACUCAAUGGAAGUAAAACCAAUCAUGACAAGAAAGCUGAGGAGACGACCCAACGAUCCAGUCCCGAUACCAGAUAAGCGAAGAAAACCUGCACCAGCUCAGCUAAACUAUUUAUUAACAGACGAGCAGAUUAUGGAAGACCUAAGAACACUUAAUAAGCUAAAGUCACCAAAACGACCAGUGUCUCCUUCAUCUCCUGAGCACGUCCCCUCUGCUCCCAUUGAGAACCCCUCCCAGCGUUACGAGGCCCGCAUUGAAGAGGGGAAACUUUACUACGAUAAAAGAUGGUACCAUAAGAGUCAAGCCAUUUACCUGGAAUCAAAGGAUAACACAAAGAUUAGCUGUGUCAUCAGCUCAGUUGGGACGAAUGAGAUUUGGGUGAGGAAGACGAGCGACAGUACAAAGAUGAGGAUCUACCUAGGGCAGCUGCAGAGAGGAACAUUUGUCAUCCGUCGACGGUCUGCUGCGUGAAACGUUCCCCUGCUCUGCUCAACCCAACCCAUUCUGUUCAUGUUUCUGUCCUGCCAUUAAACCGCCAACUCACUCGUUCAUCUAGUGUCCCCAUGUUGGUGCAUUUUCAGUUUUACCAUGUGACCUUUUUAUUUGUAUCAAAUAUUUUCAUAUAUAAAACCCCCUGUUUCUUAAUAAAGCAUGAAUGCAGCGUUUCAGCUCAAUUUCUUUCCCAACAUCAACCACAUGAAGUGGUCUUUAAAAACACUAACUGGUUUCCAGUAUGGUUGUCACUAUGCACCAUGUUUUUGCACCCAGUUUGGGGUUAUUGCUGCUUUUUAUGCAAAGCAGUCUCAUUUACAGUAAAAACAUAUUUACAGGAAUAUGCCCUAGUUAGCCAACUGAAUCUGUUGUGCUAAGUUUAAUGGAGAAAGGUUUGAAAGAAACAGAUGAACUGCCUCCCAGGUAUGACUUGCCCGUUUUCAAGAAUAUCCCUGUUGGAACGGUACAGAAAAACUGCUUGUUAUAUAGAUACCUUCAGUAUAAAUAACAUGUUACAUUGCCUUGUAUAUUUGAACCUUUUAUUUGUAAAAAAAAAAAAAAAAAGUUUUGGUUAUCAUGUCACCUCCAUAUGGAAACAGUCUGGAAUGGCUCAGCUGUUUUUGUUGAUUGACUGAUUUAUUUUUCAUUUUAUUAAAGUUUUAGCUUUUUAUUCAUUUUA